AUAAGGAAAACCAAGAGAAGGGGGAAACCACCAGUGUGCUAUACAUAGACCCCAGGAGAAGGAGACUGUCGACCCUUGGAAGAAGUCAUGGAAGGAGGGGGAGGAGAAAGAGCCCCAACUGAAGAAAUCCCACAUUCCCUUUUCUUCCAAGAUAAAGGAAGGAGACACGCUGGACGGAUCAGGGUGACUCCUGUCUCAGAUCUCUCACCCCAGAGCUGCUGAUGGCCCCAGAGAGAAGGGAAUCCAGAAAAGCCAGCCAGAUGCCUAUGCUCAUAGCCAUCAGGUGGAUAUUGUUAUUGUUGUGGGGCUUGCCUGGUACCCUGGCCUGCCCCCAACCCUGUGUCUGCCAAGCUCUGGAAACCUUUGGACUGCUGGUGAACUGUAGCAGCAGAGGGCUGACCACGGUGCCCACCCUGCCCAGCAACACCCGAUACCUCUACCUACAGAACAACAACCUGACCUCCAUCCCUGCUGGUACCUUUGACCACCUGAGCUACAUCUACAGAAUUAACAUGACCAGAAACCCCUGGCACUGUGACUGUAGUAUCUUAUACCUUAAACUCUGGCUGGAGGACCACUCCUGGGACACCCUGAACAUGACCAAGUGUGCCAGCCCAGCCAUCACAGCCUCCCUGUCCCUUGGCCAGCUAACUGGCAAUGAGCUAGAAGGCUGCACACCGCUGCUUGACCCGGAAUACCACAUCUUCUUCUGGGUGGACCUAGCUCUGAUUGUGCUGACAGUCUUAAGCAUCAUCCUCCUAUGUGCUCUCCUGUGGAUAGCCAAGAAGAUCAUUUAUUGGGUUAACCUCUACCAGUAUACUGAAGAGCCCCAUCAAUGGCAGGAGAGCAGCCUAAGACAUCGAAAAUCCAAGUAACCAGGACUCUGGCCCCACCCUUGGGACUUCACCAGCCAUUCUGCUUUAAGGUAUUUCUCUUACAGUCUCAACACGAACUCUCUCAACAAUCCAAAUAAACAGGCAGCUCUUGAGCCACCUUCUCCCUAGCCUGUGUCUUCCUUUCAAUCUUCCACUAGGUUUGACUCUUUCCCAUCCUGAAAGGGCCAGUUCUUUGCCCUUCUAGGAGCAUGGGCCAAGUCAGCCUGCCAUUUUGGUGAUAAAAGUCACUUCAGCUCAAGGCUGAAGGACUUGACUUUGAGGAGAAUGAAGCAAUGAACGCCCUUAUUGGUCCCCGAGUCCUGUGACGUCACCAAGGAAUGCCUCUGUCAAAGAGGACUGGCUGCCCUGCCAAGAACAGCCCACUCAGUAGAAUUCAACUAGAGGGACAACUUUGACUCUCUCUCCACCUUUUCCUCCCACCUGGGUCAGUGUCCAGAGUUCCACUUCACAAGAUCUGGGGAAAGCAAAAAGCAGAGACAGAGAGGAAGUUGUCGUUCCCUUAACAGUUUCUUCAUCUAUAAAAUGGGAGAGUGACUAGAUAAGUUAUCUGCCUCAAAAGGUUAUUUUUUGACUCCAGUUCAAUAAUGUAUAUAAAACAUGUUGUAAUCAUUAAAGUCCUCCUCAAAUGUUAGCUGUCACCAGAACCAUAACUAAGGCAAGGUGACCAGGGCUUUGCCAAAAAAAAUUAGAAGACCCAAUCAAAUAAAUUUGUCUUAUUACUGGUUGUUACUUCUUUUACUCCCCACACUCUUGUAGCCUAACACAGAGACUAUGUCCUGGAGGAUU